AUGGCCGCGGAUCUAGCGUCUCACCAACUCGUUGGGUUUGUUACGAAAAUGUAUCCUACUUUUGGAUAUAUUAAUAACGAAAUAUUCUUUCAAAGAAAGUGUGUCAUAGGCCCAAUGGUGGAGGUGGGUGACAACGUAGCAGCAAGCGCGAUUUAUCAACCUCACAUGCCGAUUAAGUGGAGUGCAGAGAAAGUUUGGCGUGUAGAACAUUCUGGAAGGUCCAGAGAAAAGGAAGAGGCUAGUAUCUGGAAAGGUCAAUCACAUUCUCCAAGGGAAAAUUAUAGCAAAUCCACUUCUCAUGAAAGAGAUGUACGUCCGGGUCUUAACGAUCAACGGCGAGUAGAAAAGCGUUCACAUAUUACUGAAAGGGAGGGAGGUCGUUCCUUGAAAUCACCAGUUCGGGAGAGGCGUAAAUCACCUGCAGACACUACUCACCACUCUUCCCCUCUAUCUGAUGUUCAUUCUAGAACUGCAAUUGGCUCCAAACGUAUGCUGAACGUGAAAGAGUUUCUUUUCGCGGACCUGAAAAGACGCUUUCCGACUUGUCUUCCUCCUGUUGAUCUCUAUCGUGUUAGGUGCAGUUGGCAAGACUCAUUCCCGUUACUUAAACCAUUUCAGCCAGAAUAUUCAACAACGUACCAGGUGAUCAAGGAACCGUGUGAUCAUGUUGUUGAUUCACCUCAGCCAGCUCACGACGAUAGUGGUUACUCGGCCUAUGUUUUAUUAUUGUCACUGCCAGCCAUGGCUGAUCUGAUGGAAAAGAUUGUAGUUCGAGCGGAAUCCAGUAGUCGUGUGCGUGGCUCACUGCGUAAGUACAUCAAAAUCGUAGCUUUGGGAAAAGGUGAAGAGAGACUCAAAGCUGUUGGUGGCUUUUGGGAUCCUGAACUGGACGGAUCAGAUCCAGGAACAAACCCGAAGACUCUAGUGAAUACUGCCAUUCGUACUUGUAAACAACUUAUUGGUCUCGAUUUAUCCUACUGUACACAAUGGCACCGUUUCCUGGAGUUCCGCUAUAGUCGUACGGAAGGUUCAACUGCCCAACCAACAUCUAUUUUGUUUCCUGGCUCACAACUCUGGGGUCGUGCGUUUGAAGAUUCUCCAACCGCUGAUGUGAUUCCUCCAAGCAAACCAUUUCACCAAAUCUCUGUUUACUUCAUCCCGAAUGUUUGGUCCCUCAUGCCUACAGAUGAGGAGUGGCCGUUGAUCAAGACUGCCUACGAGAACGUUUUGUCUUCCAAAGGACCUAGCGUAUUCCCAAUGUGUCCUUUCGAUGUGAAAAAGUUUUCUGGCUUAGAAUCGACUUCCAAGGAAAUCGGUGAUGAAAAAUCAAAGGCGGUCGACGAAAGGAGUUUGAAUUCACAAAAACCUUUAAUUGAUGACAAUACAGCUGAAAAUUCCACUUUAUCAAAACCAGACGAUAGUUUCAAGUCAAUCUCCCCUGCACCCUUAGACGACGUCCUUGCUGCUCGUCCAUUGGCCGAUCCGGACCAAAUAUCAAAGGUCGCAAGUGUUUUCGAAGCUGAGGAUGGCUCAGAAUCACUGGAUCUCAAGAGUCCGACAACUCAAGGAAAUCAGUUUCAAGAGGGCAGCGAAAAAGGUCACAUGAAGCCACAUAAUGAAUUCAAUUUGGCUAACAUGAAAGUAUCUGAACUCCGUGAACAGUUGAAGGCCCGUGAUUUACCUACGGAAGGAGUGAAAGCUCAGUUACUAGCUCGUCUGAAGUCGGCUAUUCAUGAAGAACAAGAGUCCGCUAAGAAGGCCGAAAAAGAGAAGGAAGAUCGUGCAAAAGUUUCCCAGGAAGCUGCUCCUGAAAAAUCACUUCAAGUUUGGGACAAACAAACCAAACCUGCUUCAGAAAUAGAAUCUGGAUCAAAAUUGAAAACUGACUUACCGAAACCAGCUUUACGUGAUAUUCCGUCACUAAUACUAAUACGUAGACGUAAUGUUGACUUUAGUAUACAGUCAGUCGGUCUAGAUGUUGUUAUGGAUUCAAAAUCCAAUUUCAUGGAUAGCAGAUCAUACGAACUCAUGUUUUGCGUCCACACUAUAUUCGAUAUGCUACGCAGAGAUUCUGUGUUUACCUUGUUCCGCGCGUUGGUCACCGCUGCAGAUAGGGGAAUAUGUGCCAAACCGAGAAAACGCAGUGAACCGGAUUAUGCAGCGAAACGCGCACGUUUGGAACGCGGCGAUAGAACCUCAGUAACAAAGGAUGAUGAUUGCAAAGAAGUCCCUCUGUACACAACCGAUCUUCCUCUGCUUUUUGCAUGCACAGUUCUGGACACAAGUUAUAAAAGCUAUUUUCUUUCAUCCGAAGUAGAGGACUUCAUUCUAUCUUUGGGGUUGCCUAUGUCUAGGUAUCAGCUAAGAUCUCUUAUAUAUAAAGUCCUUGAUCAUGGUCGUUUUCACUACCGGUCGUUGACAGAUUCCGAGGAACCCCUCUCUCUUACAAACAAGUCAUCUCUAAUAUUUUCUGAUAUUGAUGAUGAUGAAUAUCUUGUAGAACUUGUCCGUGGAGGUGACGCUAUUUUAGAUGAACAGACUGACGCUAUACCUAGUGGAAGUAUUAUUGUGCUUCAGAAGUCAGACAAUGCCGAUGGUUCUAAGAUAUCACAUCCGGAUGAGUUAUUCCAACAUAUACGGACGUCAGAACAAGAACAACACAAAUUAAUGACUAAAAUACGACUUCAAGAGCAAGAAAUCAGUCGGCUUCGUGCGUCUGUUGCUGACUUCGCAAACCUUAAGGAGAAAUUUUCGAAAACUGUUUCAGGUUUGGAAGAAUGUCGACGGCGGUUAAGAGAUGAAAGAGACAAGGUGGAUACCAUGGCUCGUGUAUUAGACCAACAGGCAUCUGUUCUUGACGCCUGCCGCUCAGCUCUUCGUCAAGCCUCUAGUCGUGCUCAUAAUCGUCACUCCACUAGUGAGUCAUGCAAACAAUCGUCAAAGCGUUCAUUGUCUCCUUGUUCGACAACAAGUAACAAAGACUCUGUGAAAUCUCCCAAGAAAACCAGAACUCCAGAAUCAUCUGUACCUGGAGGGGAUAUCACUCUUAGCUGUUGUGACAGUGAUACUGCUAAAUAUACUGAAGUAGAAUCCGGAAAUGAUGCGGCCAUGUCCGAAUUAUCGACAAGUCUCGGUUCACAUGUUAAGGAAGAUUUGGUUAAUGGGGUGAAAAACGAACUGGAGACGAUUACUGAUGGCGACGACCGGAAAGCUGCUGAAGUUCUAGAUAGUCAGUUAGUUUCAGAAAUCAAGGAAACCGAACCUUCUAUCACGGUUUGA